CCUUUAAACUAAGUAAAUAAAUGUCGGCUAAAUAUUAAUCGAUUCCGAGAGAACUCAUAACCCCGCCCACUGGAAUCGACGUCAUCGAUCAGAUGUAACACAGCCCGCAUUGAGCUCGGCGUUAAAAGCCUCACGAGCGCGCACGAGCCGCGUCCUUCCCGGUUUCUUGUUCUCCGUUUCCGCACUCUGCUAGCAGCUUGUUAGCUCGUUAGUCUUCCACCAUGGCUUUGUUUCGUUACUGAAUGACUUAAUCACUGACGCAGAGGCGUCGUUUUCCUUCGGAGCCCAGAAAUGACCCGCUGGAAGAUGAUUUCUUCGAGCCUGCUCGGCUUGUUGUUGUUGUUUUUAGCUUCUUUCGCCCAGUGCAGAAGUUUAAAAUGUCCCGAUGGGAAGCCGUGUCUGGACCGACCUCCUGUGGUUCUGAUUCCAGGCGAUCUUGGGAACCAGUUGGAGGCUAAGCUAGAUAAACCCAGCGUCGUUCACUACAUCUGUUACAAGAAGACCGAAGAGUAUUUCACACUUUGGCUGAACCUGGAGCUGUUGGUGCCUGUGGCCAUUGAUUGCUGGAUCGAUAAUAUGAGGUUGAUCUACAAUCGCACCACUCACAGUACAGAAGCACCUCCGGGCGUGGACAUCCGGGUGCCCGGCUUUGGCCAGACGUUCGGCCUGGAGUACCUCGACCCUAGCAAACACAGCGUGGGAAUGUACUUCUUCACUAUCGUGCAAGCAAUGGUGGAUUGGGGAUACACCAGAGAUGGGGAUGUCCGAGGCGCACCUUAUGAUUGGAGAAGGGCUCCCAAUGAGAACAAGGAGUACUUCCUGAACCUGCAGAUGAUGAUUGAGGAGAUGGCACAGAAGUACGGUGGCCCGGUGGUCCUUGUCGCUCACAGCAUGGGCAACAUGUACACACUUUACUUCCUUAACCAGCAGCCACAGGCCUGGAAGGACAAAUACAUCAAGGCGUUUGUGUGUCUGGGCCCCCCGUGGGCCGGCGUAGCCAAGACGCUGCGCGUUAUGGCCAGUGGUGAUAAUAAUCGCAUUCCAGUGAUUAGCCCUCUGAAGAUCCGGGCCCAGCAGCGGACAGCUGUAUCCACAGCGUGGCUCUUGCCGUACGCGCACACGUGGCCGAGCGACGUACCGCUCGUCUCCACACCCAGCGCCAACUAUACAGUAAACGACUAUGAGCGUUUCUUCAAGGACAUCGGUCACGAGGAGGGCUGGGCCAUGCGGCAAGACACGGAGCCACUAGUGCAGGCUCUGCAAGCCCCCGGCGUUCCUGUGCACUGUCUGUAUGGGACGGGAAUCCAAACGGCGCAGACGUACCGCUACACCACGUUUCCCGACGCCGAGCCUGAAGUGGUGUACGGCGAGGGAGAUGGCACGGUGAACAUGCUGAGUGCUGUGCAGUGCAAACGCUGGGGCACUCAGCAGAAGCAGCCCGUACAUCUGGUGGAACUGCAAGGGAACGAACACGUGGCCAUGCUGCUGAACUUCACGACCGUCACGUACAUUAAAGGCGUGCUGUUCUCACCCUGAUGCACACAACACUUUUAUCUCCACCUAUCAAUUAGGAGACCUCAACUGAAAACCUCAUCUCUGCUUUUAUAUUAAAAACAAAACAAACUUUUGCCCCUUUGAGGUAAAUUACAGUACUUCUGUUUAGAAAUUAUGCUUUUUUUUUUUCCCCCCCCUUAGAAAAGCGCUUGGCCCAGAUCGCCACUUUAAUAAAAAUCACUUUUUGGGGUCACUUUCCUAACUGAAAAGAAAAAUGCAGCAGUUCUGCUUUUCAAUACCAAAUUCUUGCUCCUUGCAAAAAAAAAAACCUUUUUAUCAUUAUUGUUUUUUUUUUUUUUUUUAAAUGCUCAGUGGUUCUGUGGUUACCUGUAUUUUGUAAAGUAGUUCGAGCUAACUACAGUAGUUAAGCUCUCUAAUAGUGAAUCCGUAUGUAUGUUCUUUGGCCACGAUUAGCGAUGGAGUGCAAUUUUAUAUAUGGGUUGUAAAAAAUCUUACAUUUUUAAAUUAUACACGUAUUAAUGUUGGCUAUGUGUUUAGACCAAAUGUUCUGUGCCAUUUUUCCGCUGAUACUAAUGUGCCUCUGAAAAAAAAAAAUUCUGUGGUGAAUCAUGCUCCUGCCAUAUUGUUAAAUAUACCAGAAAUGUUUUAUGGAAUCUAGUCCAGAUGAUAAUGUAUUUUAUGUGUAUUUUGGGCUUAUAUUUACUCUAAAACAUGUCCCCUAAAAAACACAUCUGGGCAUCUGAGCUUUGGUCAUUCCAUCAGCAGGAAACUCAAUUAUUCUGUCAUCUAUAUAGCCAUACUUCCCAGGUAUAAACCAUCAUGUACGGACAAACUCAAGGUAUAAAUAGCAUUAUGUACCCGAACAGCAUUCAAUUUCAUGAGAAGAGAUUUCUCUUUUCAUCUUAGUCUUCUUUUUGCUGUAAAACCUGCUUGCUCCAAAUGUGUCCAUAAUGCAUUUAUGUGUUGCCCAAGUACCUGGCUAAUUGUUGGUGUAUGAAGCAAAAAAAAUGGAUUGUUCCGUUUCUGUAGCCGUUAUUGUCAUUUUCAUUGUCAUUAUUUUUUGUUUUUAUCGUUUUAAUGAAGUAGGUUUCUCAAAGUCAAUCAAGGGAAUUGUGUCUAAGGAACACUAAGUAAUAUAUAUUUGGCAUGAAUUAUAUUACCAUUUUAUUAAUUUGCUGUUUUAUUACAUUUGAAGGACUGUAUACUGAUGAGCGGCUUUAGUCAGCGCUGCUCUAGAAAGCCAUCUACUCUGUUCUCUUGCUGGUAACGUGUUUAUUUGCAAGGCAGUAUUUUUCAUUUUUUUUAUUGCAAAGAAAAAAAAAAGCUCUUGUGGUGCCUUUAAGAUUUGUCAAGAGUAUUUGCAUUAUACACUGGUCAAACAAUGUGGAUUUUAAAAGGAA